UGUGGAACACGCUAACUUUCAGCUGAAUAUCUUUGAGUAUUCAAGUUGGCUGUCCGAGAAUGUCACGGUCAGUCGGAUUUUGCCAUUAAAAGCAGACAAGAACUGAUUGCAUAGGAAAGAAGAUGAAAGAAGUAAAUGUUUCACAACAGUAGCAGCAGAGAUCUUUGGGAGGCUUCUGGGACUUGGACGUCGGACCCUGCUUCAUAUCCCAGCGUCGCAGCUGAGGCGAUUUUGGAUUCUCAGGCGGAGCUUCUUCUUUUUCCUGAGGGGCAUAUAUUGGAAGUGGAGGUCUUCCUUCCAUUUUUCGCGCAAGGAAGCUCCGGCUUUGUGGCGUAGCACAAGCAACUGCCCGGAGCCAUGGCAGCGCACAGACUCCCAAGACAUUUACGCGCUGCAGCCCAAGGCAGCAGACGCCCCCUUUGUUUCAUCCUUCUAGGAGUUGCUCCCUCUGUUUGUUGCCUGUUGGACUUGGAAGACGUUGUCAGGAUGACCUCACGAGUUUUCGUGGGGCCAGGCAGCCCAGCAUGCAGUCCAACACAUGGAAGACAAACCUUGCAGCAACAUGGUCCCCAUGGUUUUCAUUGCAUUGGUGGGCAGAGCCAAGGCCACAACCAUGUGCAUCAUAUUCCUCGACCAGAGCUGCCGAACUCCACUGAAGCUAUGUGCCGGCAAGCUGCUGCUGCAGUUAUGCGAGCUUACACCGAUGGCUACACCAGGCAAGCUGUGCGGCUGCGGCUGGAUGCAGCGUACUCGGGGCAAGAGGAUCUGCGUGCACUUCUGAAGGCGAGUCUGCCCCUUGCAAAGAGCUUUGCUACAAAACUAUGGAACGGCGAGUCCUUGAAAGCCGUGAAAACGUCUUUAGUAGAUGAUGAUGUGACAACGUUGCUCUACAGAGAGGCUGACAAUGCGCUGAUGGACGCUGCCGUACUCUACUUGCCAUCCAGAGAGGUGGUGACCUCGCCAAAGUUCACACACUUCUUUCAAAGCAUGGGUGAUAGAUUGGUGAUAAUGACCAACACAGAAAAUGCCGCUGCAAACUGGCGGGUUGAAAACAUGGGUGCAGACUUCUAUGAUAAUCCAGAUGUGGGCCUCGAAAUUUGCAAGAUGUUUGCUCAGCAGAGCUACUAUUACCAGCUGGUGCCUAUCAAUAAUUGGCAAGUCACCUUCUUUCGAGCUUAUCCAUGUCCGUGGGAGCUGUGGAUUGAGGACUUGAAUUACAAUUUGGUGAAAUUAGGCGAAUCUGAGCAGAAGCCCAGCUACGAUCAGAUCGUGGCCUGGACGGAGGCAUACGAGGAUGGUGUUGGCGUUAGAGCCUUCCAGAAGGUUGGAAAACUUUUGCAGGACAAUCAGCAAAGGCUAGAUCCUGACGAUGCUUCUUUUGCCUUGUCGGCCUCUUAGGCAAACAGAGGGAGAGGCCUGGCUCAAUGCCGAGUUAUCCUGGAGAUUGAUGUCUUCGAAUUUGGUGAUGGAUGUCGUAGGCCUUUGACCCAUAUAUUUCAAAGGUUCAGGGAAAAGUGUUUGAGCAUCAUUGUUGGCCUUGCGGGUCUGACCACCACAAGGUGGCCAGUCUGAUUUUCGCAGCUUCUCCACAGAUGGCACGCACCUGACGUGGUUCAUACGCUGCUUGGAACAGUUGCAAGCUCCCACAGAUCCUGAUAGAUUGACACAUGGAAAAAA